CAAUCCCUUUCCUUGUCCCUGAAUCUCCUUCUUCGCCAAUGACCGUCUCUCCUUCCUAAUCACAAAUUCCCCGCCUGUCUGUCCCAAUCUCCGCAUUUCUCCCUUUCUCCUCCUCCUCCCCUCUCCCCUCCGCUGAGGGGCCCAAUUGGCACAUCAUGCAGUCGAUGCAGAGGCAAUUUGGCCGACUGAUGAAACGGUCAGCCGAUGACAGCCAGGUGGCAAUUCUCCUCAAGGAUUUUGAAGAAGCAGACAAGAUCUUAGGACGAGUAAGUAGUAGAUUAUAUUUUCUUUUCCCAGCACCAUGCUUUAGCGUGCACUUCCCCUGCGGGGUGUGAUUUGUUGAUAUCCUUCCGUCUCUUGGAACUGACAGCAAUUCUUCCGCAUUCCGACAGAUCAUCGAUUCCACCAGCGCAUGGCGCGAUGCUUGGUCGUCUCUCUUGACGCACCAAAAUCGAAUGCUGAGCGAGUUUGAAGGCCUCUAUGCUCCCAUCCUCGGCUCCUCCGAUUCUUCUGCGCCACAGCCUGCCUCCACCCUGGCUCGGACCAACAAGCUCCGCGAGCACUAUGAAGACCUCCGGAAAGAUCUACUAGGGGACCUGGCUGCCAUCGAUGAUCGCAUGAUCCGACCAGCGUCGCAAGCUAGGGAGUUCAUAAGUCCAGUCAAGAAGACCAUCAAAAAGCGAGAUGAUCGGAAGUUGGAUUUCGAGCGCUACCAAGGGCGCGUAGACAGCUAUGCCAAAAAGACGAAGCGAUCAGACCGGGACAAUGCAGCCCUGGCCAAGGCAGAAAGUGACCUUGCCAAAGCGACCGAGGACUACCACGCAGCGGACGACCACCUGCGAGAAUGCCUACCACCUUUGAUCGCCGCUGCAUUCUCACUACUCCCUCGUCUGCUCGCCACGCAGAUUGAGAUCCAAAACACCAUGCUCGCCAACUACUAUACCGUGGUCCACAACUACUGCCAGGAGACGCAAUUCCCCUCCCCGGCUCCCCCCAUGGAGCAAGUCAUCCAAGAAUGGGAACGCGACCACCUCCCCGUCCAACAAGAAGUCGAAGCAUUCGGCUGCAUCGUCAACGGCAAAACCGUGAAAAUGUCCCAAGUCCCCGAGGAAUCGCGAACCUCCCGCAUCACCAGCCGUCUCCCAGCCAUCAACGGGUCCUCAUUCUCCCGUCGUCCCUCGAACUCCAACGCAAACAGCGAGACUCCUCCACCCAAGCCCCCACGGCCCACUUCACCUUCUGCUACAGCCGCAGCUACAGCGACAGCGACAGCAAUCAACAACAAAAAGCUCCCCCCACCCCCCAAACCAUCCUACGACACCAAACCAUCCCCCGUCUUCGAAACCAAACCCCGAUUAGCCUCCUCAGCAUCCAACAACAACCUCACCAUCCCCUCCACCUACCACCUCUCCCCACAACCAUCCUCCUCCCCAGGCACCGAAUCCUACUACUCCGCAACCGAGCACGCCCGCACCCCAUCCCCGGGCCCUUCAUCCUCCGUCGCCGCCCGCGCCGACUACUUCAGCCGCAUCCAGCCCUCAUCCACCCCAUCCAGCGCCAUCCGAGCAACCUCCCCCGGCGUUAGUGCCUUAGUCGCCGGGAAAAAGAAGCCCCCGCCGCCGCCCCCACCCCGGGCUAACUCGAACAAUGCCAUGUACGUGACGGCCCUGUAUGACUUUGGAGGUCAAAGUGCUGGAGACUUGGCCUUCCGGGAGGGAGAUCGCAUCCGUGUCUUGAAGAAGACGGAGAGUACGGAUGAUUGGUGGGAGGGGGAGUUGCGCGGGGUGAAGGGGAGUUUUCCGGCGAACUAUGUGGAGUGAUUGUUUUGUGGUGGCUGAAGUAAGUACAUAGCUGGGAGGAUGGGUUGUGUGGUGGGUAGGGGUUAGGGGAAGAAUGACAGAGUCAAAUGUAUUCCAUAUAUUUAUUCAUAUUUAGUAGUUAAUAUCUCGAUAUCGAUUCCCCUUGUUGGGGGGGUAUAGUGGUUAGGGUGUGAAUCAUAAGAUGUAUACAUGUAUACAGUGUACAUGGAUUGUCUUCUCCGA